AUGAAGCCCAAGCUCGACCACUUUUCUGUCCGAUCACCGUCUGUCACAUCUGAAGACGCCCCUCCCGCAAGCGUCAUCCACGACGUUCUAGAGAAUGAGGGCACUGUGAUAUCUCACGGCGAUAUACCAGCCAGGAGACGGCAUGUAUCAGGCGCACUGUCUACAAUUUCUAGGCGCGAAAUAUCAUUCUCCUCUUACACCCCUCAGCUGUAUGACACUCUGGCCAUCUGGAAGCACGACGCCAGGCCGGAAGCAGCCGCUGGGCUCCCGGUCGAGCUUGAAACCCACACAAAGAAGGCCUUGGACCGCUAUGUGCGUCUUGUAGGUCAGCCUAUGGACUUCAAGCGUGCCGUCACGUCCGAGGAGUUCCUGGCCAUGGUGACCAACGAGAGGCUCCGAUAUAUGCCCAACCAAGGCAGCCGACUCGAUAAGAUGCUCAAGAAAGCUGAAGGCUUUGCCACAAAAUUUGACAAAAUCAUCAUGACCAUGAAACUCAUUGACAUGUCCACGUCUGAGAGCUCCGCAUUGGUCCUCUCCUCAUGCAAAAGAUUAUUGAGCUUCGCGCAGAAAUAUACAAUUGCAAUUGAGAGAUUCUUCUCGGUCCUCGAGGAAGCCACCGCCAUCAUCCUACGCAUGGCGACGAAACUAGACGACGAUUCAUGCUCCGAAAAGAUGUCUUCCAUCUUUCAGUCGGCCUUGUCCAUGAUUGUGGACAUUGUCGUAGACGUUACUGCCUCAAUCUGCAGCCACCGACAGGUUGGUAGCGACAAGACAGUGAUUGCGCAGUUCGAGGCGAGGUUCGAGGUCAUCCUGACCAGACUGGUUCAACUCAAGGCAGAGUUUCAGCUGCAGACGCUCAAUCGCUGGCUGGAAAUCCGCGGGUCAACAGAGUCUCUGCUGUUGAUCUUGCGCGGCUUCGACGAGUUCGGGCUAGACACAUGCCCGCCGGCCUACCUGGACAUUCUCGUCAGGAUCUGUCUCUCCCUCCAACCCCAUGCCGAUGAUGCGCAAUCGCUGAGAUGGUUUCGCUUGCUCUGGGGCUCGCUUGAGAAGCAUCGCCACGAGUGCGACAUAAGCACCGAGCAGCUGUUCGAGGUGUACCAGGAAUACAUUGUCGUCCUGGGCGCCCACGAAGAGUUUGGCGAGCGACUGCGACUGGCUGAAAGCUUCCGCGCCCUGAUACUCUCAGACUUUGGCACUACCCAUCACUUGUAUGUCCGCGCCAGCAUCGAGUUGGCCAAGAUUCUGGAGCUCGAGUCCUUGCGAUACAACGAAGCAGUGGCUAUUUACGAGGAACUCUGCCGCUGCGACCUCCACCUCUACGAAGACCGCGAGGCCAUCACCGCCCUCAUUGAGAUUGCCAAGUACCGUCUCACGCUGCUGUUUGAGAGUCAUCCUGAGCUUGGACACCGGGCAGAGACUCUCUUGAUUGAAGCCUUUGCCUCUUUAAAGCUGCAGUUUCCUUGCUCCCAUGAAAAGGUUCUCGUAGCGUUGACUCGCAUCAUCGAGUACCACCGUAAACAGAAGCGACGAGAAAACAUAACCGCCGCCAUCAAGAUCAUCGAAGAAUACACUGUGAGUCUCCUUGUCGAAGAACGCAAUGAAGUCGUCCUGUUCGACAUUUCUCGAAGCAUCGCCAAGAUGUACCGUGAGCUUUCCUCGGUGGAGCAUGGCAUCAAGCUCAUCCAGAUGAUCAAGGAAGAAGUGACGCUGGGUGGGAUCCUCUGCUCCGAGGGGCAUAUGGGAUUCAAACACGAUCAGCUCAUCCAACUCGACCGACGCUGUUUCGUCUUCAUCCAUGCUCUGGAGCAACUCCUUUGCGGCUACGAGCGGGAAAAGAUGCUGGAUGAAAUCAUUCGAGAAGUCUACACCGAGACGUGUCUGUAUGAGUCCUGGUCCGUCUCGGUGAGGCAGCGUCGACGGCCCAUCUGGGUCCGACUGGCGGCAGGUGCUCGACUCCUUUCCUUCCUUGAGCUCAAGGGGCGAGAGAACGAGGCCCGCGGGCUUCGAUCCGAAAUGUGGGAAAUGUUCAAGGACUUUUGUCCCGCCUCGCUGGCUUCUGAUUCCAUCUGGCAGCUUUUCGAACUGAGCCUCGCCAACGUGACCAAGAAGGUUGUCUCACUCGCCUUGCUAGAGUCUCUGGUCAAAGUCAGUCUCGAAGUCUUCCCGACGAGAAACUUUGACCUUUCUCUGCAGUUCCUGCACUGGUCGCGAGUCUACUUCAAACAGUUGACAAAGACGGAGCACUCCAGGGUCGUUGAGCUGGCGUUCAAGAUUUCCGGAUACUUUUCACGCAAAGUCCAGGUCGAGGACGACAAAACCCUCGCGGAGCUGCAGAGAAUAUCAUCCGAGAUUCUAGUCGACGUGUUAAAGGUUGGACACCUCGACAUCAAUUUCGGCAGCAUUCCUCUGGAUCAAUUGAACGUAAUUAUCCGGCUUCUUGGCGAGCGAAAGAACUUUUCCAUGCUCGAGCAAGUUUUGCAAUACCUCUGGGACACCCGCAUGAGUCGCACCUGGAGCGGAUCGGCCACCGUUGCAACUGGAAGACGUCUGUGCGAAGUCAAGUUUGCCGCAGGACACCAGGCAGCCGCGAUUGCCUUGAUUGAGAGCAUUUGCUACAAUUUGCGUGACGUGUAUGGUGCUCUGCAUAAACUCACCGUCGAGUGCGAAACCCUCCGAGCCAGCUUCCACAACACGUGCGGCAACCAUAGAGCGGCCCGCGACAUCCACGUCCACCUGCUCGAGGAAAUUGCGGGAAUGAAAUCCGACGCCGUCAGUGGCCGUGAGGACCUCAUGGAGUUGGCCAUGGACCAAGCUAGGAGACUAAAGUGGGCUUGCCACCAGAAGGGAGGCGAAGAUGACAAGGAGGACUCUUUUUACUUGUCGCUGCUUUCUAGUGCUGAAAAGUCUCUAGGUCACAGCUCACAUAAAGGCUCGGUAGAGCUGCGUGAUGUCAUGGUCAAUGGCGGAGAGAAGAGAGAGACCAAGUGGAAAAUGCCAGAGGACUGGGCCUUGCCAAUCAAGGAGAAGAUGUAA